AUGGUCUUCUGCAUCAAGACCAUGGAGUCCAUCACGGUGAAAGGACUGCAGCCCCAAGCUCCCAUCAUCCUCACACUCACCACUCGCAACGACGCCUCCCAAAGGUUCCUCUCUUACUCCCACUAUGUGAGUGACAACAGUGGAACAGUGGACGUGGAGCGAAGCGAGACUGUGGGCGGCGCCUACACCGGCGUAUUCCCUGCAGGACUGCUCUCAUCCCUGAAGGAGUUCCCUUAUAAUUACACACGUCUCCAGAAGGAAGAUCCCACGACUCUAUGGCUGUGUAGCCAGCAGCUACACAGUCCGAUUUCCCGCGGCCAGUCCACUACAGUGCUCCAGGCCUGGAAGCUGCAGGGUGAAUCAGUGACAUACGAGUACAUCCGGGACCCACCUGUCUCUGCCCAGAUGACACUAGCGGUGCACGAAGGCCACCUCACUGUGGAGCAGAGUGCCGUCAGCGAGGGCUUGACUAACGUCCUGCUUGAACGCCAUAUCAUGGCUCCUGGCGUGCGGCGUGAACCAAUUGUCCACGAAAGAGUCCAAGGGAGCCUAUUUUUCCCGUCGGGUCCCGGCCUAUAUCCUGCUGUCAUUGACAUCUUUGGGGCAGCAGGCGGACUUAAGGAGUACAGAGCAUGUGUGAUAUAA